AUGGCGCCUGCUCGGUGGAUACGUCCUCCUGCGCCCUAUGCUAUUCGUAAACGAUCCCCAGCUGCUCAAGGACAUCAUGGUUCAGGAUUUUCAGUUCUUCCAUGACCGUGGUUCAUACGUGGAUGAAGUGAACGACCCGCUGAGUGGACACCUGUUUUCACUGGCCGGCGAAAAAUGGAAACAUCUUCGUGCCAAGCUGACACCGACCUUCACCAGUGGCAAACUUAAGGGAAUGCUACAGACCUUGGUUGAUACGGGCAUAGUGAUGCAGGACUACGUCCAGACGUACGCCAAAGAUGAGGACGUCGUCGAAAUCCGAGAGAUUGUGGCCCGCUACAACACGGACAAUAUCGCAUCGAUUGCAUUCGGUAUUAAGAUCGAUUCGAUUAACAACCCAAACGAACUGUUUCGUCAAAUGGGGCGUAAGGUAUUUCAGCCAAACUUCCGUAACAACAUGCGUGGACUGAUUAAUUUCAUGGUCAAGGAAUCAAAAAUAUCUCCAAAUGACAAAAUGAACCGAAUGAUAACGCUAUAUCAAUCAAUGUCCUCAUCUAUGUAA